AUGUCUUCGCCGCAAACGCACUCGUACGGCCCCAAGUGCCGCCUUGCACCCGUCUCGCAGCCCUUACCCGCCGGCGCCUACGACGUCAUUCCUCCCGUUGCCGCCCAGUUUUUCUACUCUUCAGUCAUACCCAUAGACGAUCCUCUAUCCCCUGGAACGAUCGCCGGCGCCUCGGACGCGCGGACCGCACGUGGCCAAAUCCGACCCUUUUCGCUGGGCGACAACAAUGCUCUUGAGAAGGCUUGGUUGAGCUUCCUGUCCGACGAUGAUAUCCAGGCCCACGAGCAACUGGUGCGGGAUCGCAAAUUUAGCCCUGCCACAGAGAAAGCCAACGCAGCCAGGUUGGCUCUCUUGGUGCGCCACUUGGCCGUGAAGCAUGUCCAAAAACACGGCGGCACGAUCCAAGCAUCGGCCUCAGCAGGCGAAGCUUCGGACAUGCUCCCAGAUACCCCGAUUUCCGUAUGCUGCCCGGACCUGUUCAUCGAUGUGUCCACCGAGUUGCAAAACACGUUUUGUGCACUGGCCAGGAAGCACCACCCUUCGCUAGGACAAGAAAGUGUCGUGCAAGAAGUGAUGAUGGAGCUAAGAAGGUUAAUCUCUGACGAAUCCCAACCUCAGCCAGGGAGCACCUCGUCUUCGCGGCCCCGCGCAGACUCGGCGAGGUCGCGACAGAUGGGAAUCGUCGGCUCCUUCAGCCCUCGCCGGGAAGAGGCGAGUGAGUUGCAGAGGCUGAGCAAGGAGGCCGGAAACACUGCGAUCGAGGCCAAGACGAGGGCGAGGUCUCAUUCUCGGGCAAGUGAGCAAACCUCGCGACCCUCAACCCCAGGUCUCGGCAGCUCGUUUCGACAGCAUCCUGUGGAUGACGGCAUUUCUGGGAAACCGUUCGUUCGGGCUGGGAUCCGGCAGAGACCGCAGGACGGCUUUGCGGCUUCGUUCCCUCCUCUGGAGCCUUCGAGCCUGACUGACGCCGAGGAGCGAGACGCGCAAAAGCCGAGCAACCCAUCGGCUUCGCCAAGAAAAAGGGCAAACACCACGCAAGCCAAGAUUGUCAGCGAUGAGAGCUACAGAAAAGAAGCGGUUGACGUGGUCGUUGGUGUCUCUCGGCUACACAUGGUGUCCAUCCCUGCCCUGCAAAUGAAACCCAUCUAUUGGUCCCCCGUGAACGACAUCGCCGUGGUCCUCCGGGCCACCUGGUUUUAUAGAGACACGAUGCUGCCCAUACCCCCGGCGGUGGCGAACCAGCUGGAGGCCGGAUAUCGAGAGCUCAAGCCCCACACCGAGACAUGGAACGACGAGCUGCGCUGUGCGAUUGAGGUUGGUCCCCUCGGCGAGGAGAAGGUGUCGCAUCGACUGUGGCCGGAAGACGAGGAGACUCUCAACGACAGGGACAAGCAAGCAGUCUCGGACACGCGCAUCUCGACAGAUCCGUUCUGUGCCGCAAGCUGCUUCCGAGGAGAAGCUGCCGCAGAAGGCGCCAUCGAUCCAAACCCAAAGGCCGGGACAGCCGCCCAGCAGCAUCGGAGCUAUGCGAGCUACCACGUCAUCUACAAGGACGCCUCCAAAGCCUUCCUCUUGAAGCCUAGCCUGAAGCCGUCGGCUUAUUAUGGCAGGCGGCCGGUUGCGAAGAUCAUGAAAGGGAUGACCAUAGGUAUCCCGGUCGUACGUGGCUUCGACCGGCAAGCGUGGGAGCGAAUCCACGACAAGAAGGCCAGUCGAGACGCCGCCCACCAGCCGGCCUCCUCGGCCAGCGACUCGCCCGAGGCUGUUGGACAAGACGUUUGCGCGGCUUGUCAGGCGCAAAAAGAGCGCGGUCAGGUCACGGACCUCAUCCUCGUCGUUCACGGCAUUGGGCAAAAGUUUGCAGAGCGGGUCGAAAGCUUCCACUUUACUCACGCCAUCAACGCCUUCCGCCGCGAGGUCAACCUGGAGCUUGCGAGUCCAGCAGUCAAGGGAGUCUUGAGGGAAGACCAGAACGGCAUCAUGGUGCUCCCAAUCAACUGGCGCCACACCCUGUCGUUCGAAGACGGCGGCCCCAUGAGGGAAGAAGACAAGGCAACACACGUGCCGGACGGCUUCACUCUCAAGGACAUCGAGCCCGGCAGUAUCCCGGCGGUGCGAAGCAUGAUAUCCGAUGUCAUGUUUGACAUCCCGUUCUACCUGUCUCAUCACAAGGGAAAGAUGAUCAAUGCCUUGGUCACGGAAGCCAACAGGGUGUAUCGGCUCUGGUGUCGAAACAAUCCCGGAUUUGCAGAAAGAGGACGAACCCACGUGAUUGGGCACUCUCUCGGCAGCGCCAUGGCUAUCGAGAUCCUCUCACGCCAACCCACGCGUGUCCCGAGGCUGGAUCUGUCCAUCAGAAUGCCCCAGCCGGACUUCUUCGAGUUCGACACAAACAACCUCUUUCUCGUAGGAAGCCCCGCAGGUUUCUUCUUGCUUCUCGAGAGGGGGAUGCUCCAGCCUCGACGUGGUAGGGUGAAGCCCGGCGCAGACCCGGUCGAUGUUAACGCGCCGGAAGUGACGGGCGAGGCCGGCCGAUACGGCUGCAUCGCCGUGGACAACAUCUACAACGUGCUGGCCAAGGAGGACCCCAUCGCGUAUCUGCUGAACGGCACCAUAGACCCCGUGUAUGCCACGAGUCUGAGGACCGCCCAUGUGCCAUCCAGUGCCAGCUCCAUCUUCAAAUACGUUGGCAACGCGGUGAAAAGCCUGGUACCUGGAACAGCACCCGCCCCAGCGGCAAUGGCACCUCCCGCGGCGCCGAAACCAUCGUUCGUGCGCUUGCCUUCGCAGCUCGAGCUGGAGGUUCACGACUUCACGCGGGAAGAGAUCGCGGAGAGAAAGGCAUAUCUACUCAACGACAACGGUCAAAUCGAUUACUACCUGAGGUUCGGCGGCGGCCCUCUGGAAAUUCAGUAUCUCAACAUGUUGAGCGCGCACACCUGCUACUGGACGAGUCAGGACUUUAUCCGCAUGUUGUGCAUGGAGGUCGGGAGGAAGCCGGGCAGGGAAAACACCAUUCCUGCCAUGAGGGCUCAGAAGGCAGCCAAGAGAGUUGCGCUGGGGUGA